AAAAUGUUUUUUGGAAAAACGAGAAGAUAAUUGGGAGUAAUUAUGGCAAAAUGGUAGGGAUGGCCAGCAUUCACAUAGACUUGCACAAAACGGCCAUCUCCCGCCACAGCAAAAAGGCAUAUGCGAAGGUCUCAUUGCUGUUGCAGACCUCCCAAAAAAUGGUUGAAAAUGUGAGCUUGUCACAUGUAUCUUCUUCACUUUCUCUCCCAACGGAGAUAACAAGAAGCAGGGAAGCCGGGAGACUUCAAUUCAAUGAUCACAUCCUUGUAGAAUAUUAGAAUAAAAAAAGAUCGUUUGAGUUCUCUCCACACACAGUAAAAAUCCAAAAGAGCCGUCCAAGGCCGGCAAAAUCUCUCUCUCCGCCUUCCCCGAUCUUUAUUUACUCUCUUUGUCAAACUCCAUUCAUAUUUAUGACUGUCUUUUCUCUUUGACACUGUCUUUUCUUGGCUAUGUUAUUCAUCACAGAACCAUUAGUCUCUCUCAAGAAAAAAAGGACUGGUAUUAGACCAAGAAAGGCCAUGGGCUGUGUACAGGGAAAGUAUUCAGUAAAUUCAUCACCAACCCCAGGAGGGUUAGAGAAGCUCAAAAUGGAAAGUGGCUAUGUGGGAAAAGGAGAUAUCGCUGGCCAUAGAAGAUCCACUGGGCAGAGAUACUCUGGCAGGCUCCCUAAGCCUGAACAACCAACGAGGAAAUAUAAUGGUGGUCGUGCUGGUAAUGGUGAAGAGAGGAAAUUGAGUGACACAGGUAGAGUGAGAUUUGUGGAGUUUGGCGGGGAGGAGGUAGUGGAUGGAUGGCCCAAGUGGCUAACUGAUAACGUUCCUGGAGAGGUUUUGGGUGGUUUGAUCCCUAAGAGUGCUGAGAAUUAUGAUAAGCUUGCCAAGGUGGGAGAGGGUACCUAUAGCAAUGUGUACAAAGCUAGAGAUAAGGAAACUGGACAAAUUGUUGCCUUGAAGAAGGUCCGAUUUGACACGUCAGAACCAGAGAGUGUGAAAUUCAUGGCACGAGAGAUCAUGAUAUUACAGAAGUUGGAUCAUCCCAAUGUGGUAAAGCUUGAAGGACUAGCCACCUCAAGGAUGCAGUAUAGUCUUUAUCUAGUUUUUGAUUUCAUGAAGUCUGAUUUAUCAAAAAUCAUCUCCCGUCCUGAAGGAAGACUUACUGAACCGCAGGUCAAGUGUUAUAUGCAACAGCUGCUUUCAGGUCUGCAGCACUGCCAUGAUAGGGGAAUUUUACACAGAGACAUUAAAGGAUCAAACUUAUUAAUUGAUAAAAAUGGGAUGCUAAAGAUUGCUGAUUUUGGGCUUUCAAAUUAUUAUUCCCCGAAACAGAAGCAACCUCUCACAACACGAGUUGUGACACUAUGGUACAGAGCUCCUGAGCUAUUGCUGGGUGCUACAGACUAUGGAACUGGUAUUGAUCUCUGGAGUGCUGGAUGUCUCUUGGCAGAGAUGUUCGCAGGCAGGCCUAUCAUGCCAGGAAGAACAGAGGUCGAGCAGCUGCAUAGGAUUUUUAAACUAUGUGGAACUCCACCAGAGGACUAUUGCAAAAAGUUAAAGCUAUCUACAUCCUUUCGACCUCCACGAACAUACAAACCUGGCCUUUUUGAAGCUUUCAGCGAGUUUCCUGAAUCAGCUUUGGGUCUGUUAACCACACUUCUUGCUCUGGAUCCUGCAUCUCGCGGCUGUGCAUCUUCAGCUCUCCAAAAUGAAUUCUUUCACAUAAGUCCUUUGGCAUGCGACUUAUCAGGCCUCCCGGUGAUUAAAAAAGAUGAAGAUGAGCUCACACAAGCUGAUGAACAGAGAAAGCGCAGGAAUGCUAAAAUGAAACGAAGAUCUCAAACAUAUCGUGAGCGUAAGAAAAAAGAUCUGGCAGCUGAAGAACCAAAAGAAGAUCCUGCGCAACCGAAAGAGGAGCCAAAGGAGACUCGUGAAUCAAUCAACCAAAGCCAUGAGCCAGGCAGCAGCAGUACUAGUAGCAACUCCUCUGGAACAAAACCGACUCACCUGUUUGAGAUGCCACCCAAUUUGUUGCAAUCCCGAAUUGCAACUUCUAAGAAGAUGUCUCCAAAAACACAAGGCCAUACUAAUGCUCCCAAGAACAUCAAGAACUUGCCCCCUUUACCUACCUCAAGGACAGGCAGCACCAUGUACAAUGUGAACAAUGACAUGUACAGAUUAAAUCGAGUCCAUAGGUCUGCUUCCACAAGAGAAUUCAGAAAUUCGAUCAAGGGAAGUAGUUAGAAGUACUAUAUGCAGUGGAUAACUAGGCCACGUCGAGCAGUAACUCUUUUUUUUUUUCUUUCCUUUUCUGAGAAUUUUGGAUCAUAUUUGCUGUAUCUCGAAUGUGAUUACUCAUAUUAUUUUUCGUUUUGGUCAGAAAUGCUGAAAAUACACUCGUUCUGCAUAUUACACUAUGUUCUGUAAUCGAAUGCUACCCGUGAACUUAUAUCUAACAAUUCUACUUUAUGUACU